GAAAGCGAGGAUGGCAUUGAAGGAGAUGCCGUACUCUCGGAUUAUGAAAGUGCAGAAGACUCAGAGGCAGAGGAAGAGGAUUACAGCGAGGAAGAAAGUGCCAAAGUUGAACUGAAGCAGGAUAGUAACGAUUCCUCUGAGUCAGCAGCAAAAGCAGAGAAAGGGGAUGAGAAACCUGACUCCAAAGGUGCUAUAACUGGUGAGAGGCAAAGCGGGGACGGGCAGGAGAGCACUGAACCUGUUGAGAACAAAGUUGGGAAAAAAGUUCCCAAGCACCUGGAUGACGGAAACCCGGCUUACAUCCCGCGCAAAGGGCUCUUCUUUGAGCAUGACCUCCGCGGGCAGACGCAGGAGGAGGAGGUCAGGCCAAAGGGCCGUCAGCGGAAGCUGUGGAAGGAUGAGGGCCGCUGGGAACACGACAAAUUCCGGGAGGACGAGCAGGCCCCCAAGACCAGGCAGGAGCUGAUCGCGCUUUAUGGCUAUGACAUCAGGUCAGCUCACAACCCCGACGACAUCAAGCCGAGGAGGAUGCGCAAACCAAGGUUUGGGAGUCCUCCUCAGCGAGACCCAAACUGGUCCAACGAGAGGCCCAAUAAGCCCCCAAGGCAUCAAGGUACAGACAGCAGUUCAGCUCCCCCACGAACCUUCACCAACAGGAGCUCUGCAGGUACAGGGAGGAUGCACCCACCUAGGAACUACUCGAGGAUGGGGGGCUACAAAGAAACCCGUCCAAGCUACCGAGCUUCAGAAGCAAACGUCCAGCAUCUGUCUCGAAACGGCGAGCAAGCGAAACAGGAGAGCAACUAUCGAGCGAAGCGUGCAGAGCAAACGGCACCGAGAGACCAGUCACCUGAGGUGGAAGCAGCACACGUCCACAGCAGCCCUGUGAAGGAGGAGGUUGCUUUGGAAAACCAAGCCACAGCUGCUGAUGCUGCCCAGCCACCGCCAGACAGACCAAUUGAAAAGAAGUCUUAUUCCCGGGCAAGAAGGACCAGAGUCAAAGCUGGGGAUGCGGGGAAGCUGGCAGAUGAAGUGCCCGCUUCGGAAGGGCUGACUCCUGUGCCUCCAAAACCUGUGCAAGCUGAGACGUCCCCCCCGCCAGCCAAGAGCAGUAACUGGGAGUCACCGGUAGAAUCCACCUUGGAUGGACUCGAGCAAGAGAUGACCCAAAUGAAUCUCACUGAGCAGAACUGGACUCCGGGGCAGUCUCAGUUCAUACAGCCCCGGGAGCUGAGGGGUAUUCCUAACCAUAUGCACGUGGGAACUGGGCCACCGCCUCAGUUUAACAGGAUGGAGGAAAUGGCAGUGCAGGGGGGCCGCGUGAAACGCUACUCGUCACAGCGGCAGAGACCACCGGUGCCGGAGCCUGCCCCUCCCAUGCACAUCAGCAUCAUGGAAGGGCACUACUACGACCCACUACAAUUCCAGGGACCAAUCUACACCCACAGUGAGAACCCGGCCCCGCUGCCGCCCCAAGGGAUGAUCGUACAGCCAGAAAUGCACCUCCCUCAUCCAGGUUUACAUCCCCACCAGACGCCAGCCCCCAUGGCAAACCCCGGCCUGUACCCUCCGCCAGUCUCCAUGCCCCCAAGCCCCCCCCCGCCGCAGCAGCUGCUCGCACCGACUUACUUCUCCCCUCCUGGAGUCAUGAAUUUUGGGAAUCCUGGCUACCCCUACCCCCCAGGAGCGCUACCCCCUCCGCCCCCUCCUCAUCUCUAUUCCAACACACAGGCCCAGUCCCAGGUGUACGGAGGGGUCACGUACUACAACACUGUCCAGCAGCAAGUGCAGCCCAAGCCUUCGCCGCCUCGAAGGACGUCCCAGCCUGUGACCAUCAAGCCACCGCCUCCUGAGGACAGCAAAGGUGAAAAAUCAAAGGAGCGGAGCAACACGUAG